AAGCAUUGUGAUCCAUUCGGGCAUGCGCUCGCCACGGCAAAGUGAUCGGAUUCGCCAUGUUGGCACGAACUCGAUGUGUCGGCCAGCCGGUCUUGGCGUCGCUGCUUUCUUCCUGCCACAAGGAGACUCUGUGGCAGGAGGUCCUGGUUCUGCUGGAGAGCAUGUGGUCGCAGCGCCUGCAAGUUGGCACGAGCCUCAAUCGCGCCAUCAGCUCCUGUGCAUCUGCUGCCCAGUGGCAGCUGGCACUGGCCCUGGCAGAGCGCGGAUCGGUAGACCCCGUCGGGGGCCGCGCUGCUUUGGCAGCACUCGCCGCAGGCCACCAGUGGCAGCGAGCCCUGCAGCUCCUCCAACUGGAUGACUCCGCAACCGCCCUCGGUGCUGCGGUUGCCGCGUGCGCCCGCGCUGGCCGCUGGGCAGUUGCAGUUGCGCUAUGCCGACAGGCGCGCCCCGCUCAGCUCAACCACGCGGUGCUGAGCGCCGCAGUGAGCGCUUGCGGUCAAGCAGCUCAAUGGGAGACCGCCCUGGAGCUGCUGCGUGAAGGCCGAGCUCGUGCUGUGGAUGUGGGCUCGGCCAUGAGCGCCGUCAUCGCAGCCUGCAGGCGUCGGCAGCGCUGGAUUGAGGCUUUGGCGCUUUUCCAGGACUUCAACACGGGAGAUUCGAUGAGCCUCAAUGCUACCCUCAGUGCGCUGGAGCGAGGCCUCCAGUGGCACCGCGCCUUGUUCCUCCUCUCCACGAAGUUGGAGCAGGCGGACAUCAGAUCAUUCAACGCAGUGAUCAGCGGCUGCAUUCGAGGACAUUGAAACAUACGCGUCACUUUGCCGCCAAUCGCCACGUUGAUAC